AUGAUAAACCUGCCUCUUAUCCCCAUCUCCCCUGAAGUCCUUGAGCCCUGCUUGGACAUCUGGGUGCUGGGAGUCUCCGAAGCCCCGCGGUGCCUUGACUUCACUCUGUCCUCCAAAUACGGACAUGGGCGGGGCUCAGAGAGGAGGUGUGCUGUGACGAAGCUUCUCUAUUUCCCUUUAUUCAUCAAGUUUCCUCCGACUGUUAAAUCCCUCUGGUCUCUGAGCUCCAGCCUUCUACAGUUGGACACACCUGGCGGGUGCUUCAGGGCCAUCAAUCCCCCCUACUCCAGCCCGGUCUGCUACGAGGACAUAGGUGCCAAUACCACGAGACUGCGGAUAGUGAUGCGGGCCCUGCCCCAGACCUUCGGCUUCCUCGUGCCCUUGGCGGUCAUGCUGUUCUGCUAUGGACUCACUCUGCGUACGCUGUUCCAGGCCCACAUGGGGCAGAAGCACCGGGCCAUGCGGGUCAUCUUCGCCGUCGUGCUCGUCUUCCUGCUCUGCUGGCUGCCCUACAACCUGGUCCUGGUCGCAGACACCCUCAUGAGGCUCCGGGUGAUCGUGGAGACGUGCGAGCGCCGCAACGACAUCGGCCGGGCCCUGGACGCCACCGAGAUUCUGGGCUUCCUCCACAGCUGCCUCAAUCCCUUCAUCUAUGCCUUCAUCGGCCAGAAGUUUCGCCACGGACUCCUCAAGAUCAUGGCCUUCCACGGGCUCAUCAGCAAGGAGUAUUUGUCCAAGGACGGCAGGCCUUCCUUUGUUGGCUCUUCUUCAGCAAACACUUCUACCACCUUCUGAGCCCCUGGGCCCUGCUGGAGCACCUCGGGGCACCUCCCGUGCCGUCAGCAUCCAUCCUGAGCCUCAUGUCCACUAGUUGUUUCCAGUCUCUGUGUCAAGGCAGCUCCCGGCUGUGGUUACAGGAAGCUACUGGGGCCACGUCCUUUUCAGGCCCAUUGGACGGGUUAGAAAGCCUGCCCUCGUUCCCCACGCCUCCCUAUACUUCCUAUGCCAGCUGCUAGAGCUCAGUCCAUCCUAGCACUGAGCUCAAGCACUCUGGUGUCUGGGGCAGUUAAAGACAUUCGAAAGGCAUCCUUUCAGGUGACGACAGAAAGUUCCUACCACGGGGAGCCAUUAGUGGCAAACAGCAGUCGUUGCUUUCCUGACUCUCCCUUUCUUGCUUGCUGGCAAAGCCCACCUCCCUUGAGGGAGGCCGAGAAGGACAGACAGA